CCCCCUCUCAACCCCCCUACUGGCGACCGGUUCGCCACAUCUUCUACUCAACAGUCCAGCUUCUCUCCUCAACAUAUCUUUAUUGCACACGUUAAAUCACCAUGUCGACCGCUGCUGUGCCUGAAAAGGCCCCAGAUGACUCCUCCAAGCUCAAGACUUUCCUCUCUAUUCUCCGGAAGUUCGUGGGUGUGGCAGAUAUCGCCUCGGUUCGCUUUUCACUGCCGGCGCAACUGCUGGAGCCGAGACCGAAUCUCGAAUACUGGCAUUACUUAGACCGACCGGAGACCUUUGCGAGCAUUGGCAAGUCGGAUGAUGAGUUAGGCCGUAUGUUGGAAGUGUUGAGGUUUUGGUUCACAAAGGAUCUGAAAUACAUCAAGGGGAAACCGUGCAAGCCAUACAAUUCCACCUUGGGUGAAUUCUUCCGAUGCAGCUGGGAUGUCAAUGACAACAUCCCCGAAGAACAAAACCUCCCCGGAAUCAGCUCUAACGGCUCUUCGGGCGUCCACGAUGGCGACGACAAAGUCAAAGUGUGCUACCUCACCGAACAGACCUCUCACCACCCCCCAGUCUCGGCCUUCUACAUUGACUGCCCCGAGCGGGGAGUCACCGCGCGCGGAUUCGACCAAAUCAGUGCCAAGUUCACAGGCACCAGCAUUCGCGUGAGCCCCGGCCAACAUAACCUUGGAAUCUUCGUCAACAUCGAGAAGAGAGACAACGAGGAAUACCAGUUGACUCACCCAGACGCCCACCUCGGAGGAAUCCUACGAGGCGCGCUGGCUAUCACAGUCGCCGACACAUGCUACAUCACCUGCCCAAAGACAGGCAUGAAGGCGAUCCUUCAGUACAUGGAAGAAGGAUGGAUUGGCCGAUCACAAAACAAGUUGGAAGGCGUGAUCUUCCGCUACAACAAGGACAAGGACACCGUAACAAGAAUCAAGGACGUGCCAGAGAGCGAUGUCAUCGCUCGCAUCACCGGGUCUUGGCACGGCAAGAUAUACUUUACCCCGGCAGGCACCAAGGAGCCGUCUCUGCUCAUCGACAUUGCUCCUCUCUUUCCCGUCCCGAAGAACAUCCCCCCAGCAGAAGAACAGCUGUCUAAUGAGUCUCUAAAGUUCUGGGGCGAUGUCACAAACGCCAUCGUGGACAAACAGUUCGGCCAGGCCACCAAGUUGAAACAAGAUAUCGAGGAACGGCAACGUGAACGCGCAGCAGAGCGCAAGGAGAAGGGCACCGAGUGGAGCCCGCGUUUCUUCACUGGCGCCGUGACACCGCUUGGCAAGCCCGAGUUAACAGAGGAGGGACAGAAGGUCUUGCAGGGGAUUCGGUCUGGCGAGUAUACCUUGACAGAAAGUACAGUGAGGGGCGCAUAGAUCAGUUUAAUAUCUCCUUUCCCCUUCCUCGGCUUGUGCAGUUCACAAACGUGGCGUAUCUGGCAUGCGACCAUCACACACUCGGCGUCUGUUUCUCUUUUUCUUCUGUGUUUAUGUCUGGUCUCUGUUACUUUCUCAUCACAUACUUAGAUCUUGCGCAUCUUUCACCCUUUAGAACUCUUUUUUGGCAGCUGCUCCAUCGGAGUACAUGGCCGAUGGAGCUGUUGAUUAGUAUUGCAAUGAAGUUAUUGCAUAUCCUGC